UUGAAAAUGGGACAUGAAAGUCUCAUCAUUAAGUGCUGUUUGUUGCAUUUACUGUACUUGUGAAGUCUCAUACUAACAUGACUGUGUAUUGCAGCCUUCUGCACACAGGUCACAGAGAGCCAGGAGGCCUGCAGCCCACAGACAGUGCCCACACUGCAGGGACGACCAGGUGCCAACUUCAGGGCCACAUCACCAGCACUCUGCUGGUCCUGCUGGAAAGCAUCCCCAGAAGAGGAAGCGCACCUCCGUGGCUCGUCCUUCCGAACCUUUGGAAGCUCCAGAGGUGGUCACAUCUGUUGCCACUCCUGAGCCCUCCACCUCAGCUGCUAACAUGGCUUCUGUUUUGAAUUUGGUCCCUAGGCCUUCUGCGACCAUCUCAUCAUGCUCCAGUGUGGCCCCCAGCUCCCAGCCCUCCACUGCUCCGCUGCCUGACGAUGGCCCCCUGCUGAUCCACAACAGCACUGUGGAGGAAUACCAGUGCAUCUACCAUGAAGUUGUGGAUGACAUGCUGAGGGACCCGGAUGGCCGCCUGCGUCCUUACAGUCUGGCACUGGGGAGGCGCAUCAAGCAGAGGCUGUGGGAGCGCCUGGAGCGUCCAACACUCACCGAAUCAGUCAGUGAGGACGGACUGGUUCGUGUUGGCGCGUCAGACGGGGUUGAAGACCAUCCUCCCCUGUAUGGCGUCAGGUUUUACCAGCGAAUUGCUACCACAUGCUCCACCUACAGACGUUGGACAAACAUCUCCACCAGCAGCCUCUGAAGUUUCCUGCUCCACCUUACAUUCAUAGCCUCUAACAGCCACAGUCAGAUUCAAGUUCUGCCAUCCACAGCCUCUGCCAACAACCUGCACCUCCACCUGCAGAUUCUGGCAGACUGCCGUGGCCACACCGCCUCUAAACUGUCCUGCUCCACCCUAUACCAAAAGACCGUUACAGCUACGCUCAAGUUUAAACUGGCCAAACCUCCACCUACAGCCUCUGCCAGCAACAUGCAGUCACUGCCUCCACCUGCAGAUUCUGGCAGACUGCUAUGGCCAAACCUCCACCUAUUACAGCCUCUGCCAGCAACCUGUUGUUGCUGCCUCCACCUGCAGAUUCUGGCAGAGAGCUGCGGCCAAACCUCCAUCAACCACCUCUAAAGUGUCCUGGCUGCUCCACCCUGUACCAAAAGAGAGUUACAGCCAUUCUCAAGUUUAAACUGGCCAAAACACCAUCUACAGCCUGUGCCAGCAACCUGCAGUCACCGCCUCCACCUGCAGAUUCUGGUAGACUGCUGCGGCCAAACCUCCACCUAUUACAGCUUCUGCCAGCAACCUGCUCCUCUUCCUCCACCUGCAGAUUCUGGCAGAUGGCUGUUGUCAAACUAUCUCCAACAGACUAAACCAGAGUCCUUCACUGAUGCCUCCACCUGCAGAUUCUUGCAACAACUGUAGCUCCAUCUCCACCCUCCUGCAGCAACCUGCACCUCAGACUCCAAUCCUUUUGCCAUGUGAAGACCUCAGUGGAACAGCAGAGACCAGAGAUCCACUUGUAUUUCCAUACGCUGUGUAAGGUCUUGCUAUGUGGUCUUCUUCAGGCCCCGUGGGACCUCAUCGACUCCCAGAUACAUCAGGAGCUGAUCGAGCCCCCCUCCCCCUCCCCCACUUCUUCUUCUCCCCUCUCUUUAAACCAACCCGUCGAGGCAGACGGCCACCCACCACAGAGCCUGGUUCUGCUCGAGGUUUCUGCCUGUUAAAAGGCAGUUUUUCCUUGCCACAGUGCUUGCUCGUGGUGGGAAUUGUGGAAAUUAGUUGGUUUUUUGAUUAGUGUUCAGAGAUAAUUUUUGUGAUCUGUUGCUAUAUUAUUAA